AUGAGAUUCGAGAAGAACAAGGCAGAUUGCCAUUUUAUUUAUGAAGGCAUAGAUGUCAAUGUGAAAGGUGUUGUAAACGAGGACCUAGGAAAUUUGGAUCCCCUCUCAGUGACUUUCAGCUUCAAUGUUCCUUAUAUGAAAUUGAGUUCACGACCACACAGCUUCAAACUGUGUUAUGGUGAGAAGGUGAUCCCCAUUGAGAACUUUACAAUCUUUGGAUCCCCUGUCAUGUUUAGGAUAGAAAUUGAGAAUGACUCUAAGGUCUUGGAAAACAGCCAGUCCAUAUUUAUGUCUGUGCCACCAGAGAAUAGGAAGAAGGAUACCAAUGUUGAGGAGGAAGGGAAUGAAGAUUCUACAUCAGAUCACCAGGGUGCUAGAUGCAGAUAUGGCCUGUCAAACAAAUCACACCGUUUGCACGAAAGACGAGAGAGGCAGGAAGAAGGUGACGACAGUGGUGGAGGGAGUCUGGAAGCCAACCCCAUUAUGGAUACCUGUGUGAGCCACUGGCCAUCUCUCAUCUCUGUCCACAACAUGUGA